AGCUGCACUAACAACCUCAAUUGUCCCAAAUCAACCUUACACACGACCGCCAGCAGCUUACUUUAUGGACUCAUUGCCUUAAAUCCAAUUAUAAAUCCUAUACAAACACCUUUUGCGCUGGCAGUUAGGCGGUGGAGGGCAAUGCAAUGUCUCUCCCCGGUUUAGAGCUUUCACAACAGCCCAUCGAAGCCCGAAGACCUCCCCCGCAACCGACGCAGAUCAGUCUUCCCAAGGGAUCGGAAUGGAGAUUUGAAGUCGCUUUCGGGAAUACAACCCGGGUGAAGUUACUCGCCGGCACUGCAGAAUUGUUCGGCACUGAACUUGCUACGUCGCAAACCUACACUUUCUCUGGAACGAAAGCCGCGAUAUACACAUGGCACGGAUGUACGCUGGAAGUCGGGGCGGGUGAUCCCGUUCCCAUUGGGCCUGUGGGAAGUGCGCCUGUACCUCCUGGCCCCGGGAACGGGGGAUGUCAGGUCGAAUACAUCGCCGAAGAGACGCCCAUGGCCGAAUAUGCGAAUGUGCACUUCGCGCUGGAGACGAUGAGGCAUGAUGCCAAAGCCGCCGGGAGAGAUGGGCCACGGGUGCUCAUCCUCGGACCGGAAGAUGCGGGGAAGACGAGUCUAGUGAAGAUAUUGACCGGAUAUGCGACGAAGAUGGGGAGACAGCCCUUGGUUGUGAAUUUGGAUCCGUCGGAGGGCAUGCUGAGUGUUCCCGGGGCGUUGACGGCAACGGCGUUUCGGUCUAUGAUCGAUGUGGAAGAAGGGUGGGGGAGUAGUCCGAUGUCUGGCCCUAGUCCGAUACCCGUGAAGCUGCCGCUGGUGUAUUUUUAUGGGUUACCGGCCUGCUUGGAUGGGGAUGGGAGUUACUAUAAGGCGAUUGUAUCCAGGUUGGCACUGGCUGUGACGGGCAGGAUGGCAGAGGAUUCGGAUGCGAGGGAAGCUGGUGUCAUUAUUGACACGCCCGGCAUCAUUGGCCAAGGAAAAGGUGCUUCUGAAGACGUUAUACAUCAUAUUGUGACCGAAUUCUCAAUAUCCACCAUCCUUAUCAUCGGUUCAGAGCGCCUUUACAGCACCAUGGUCAAAAACUACGAUAACAAACCAAUCGCCACGUCAGCGACAGCAGCUGCUUCUGAUGAGCGAAUCUCAGUGGUGAAACUCACCAAAUCGGGCGGUUGCGUCGACCGUGAUGCGACAUUCAUGAAAUAUGUUCGCGAAUCUCAAAUACGGUCGUACUUCUUUGGAAGUCCUGUACCAUCAACUGCAUCCUCAGCGCUCUCGCUCUCCUCCACAACCACAGGCACCACGAUGACACUUUCUCCACACACCUCGCAGGUCGACUUUAACAGCUUAUCUAUAUACAGCAUCACCAUCGCCACAGAAGGUGAAGAAGAUGAAUACGACCCAUCAAAAUUCGAUUCAUUCCUGCCCGGCGGACAUGAAGAAAACGAUCAUAAUACCUCUCUCACGGGCACAACCUCUCUUCAACCCCCAUCUGGCCUUCUCCCAGGCCUCCGAUCCGAACUCCCAAGUGCCACCACAGGUCUCCCAUCCGCUUCUACAAGUUCCACUACUCCGUUUACAAAUCUUCCUUCCCCAGCACCAAUGUCCCUAGCGAAUACGUUGUUAGCAAUCACCAAUGCUGCUCCCAACGCAUCAUUGGACGAGGUCCGCGAUGCGAGUAUUAUGGGUUUCAUAUACAUUGCAGAUGUCGACGAGAAGAAAGGCCAAGGUGGUAAGUUAAGGCUGCUAGCGCCAGUCGGUGGCAGGGUGCCGAAUAGGGCGAUGAUCUGGGGGAGAAAAUGGCCUGGUGAGGUGGUAGGACUGAUCGGAUAGAGUCCAUGAUUUCACUUCAUUUCGAGAGAAUGAAUUUGGCGGGCAUCUAGAUGAGUGGAAGAUGAUACUUAUGCACAAUAGGGCAGCGGACAAAAACCCAGGUUUAGGGAAGGAUUAUAUGAACAGGACAAGGUAUGCAUCUAUUUCGAAGGAAUAAUAAAUAGAACAUUUGAAAG